UUACCUAACUUGCUAAAACCCUUGCAAACUGUGUUAGCUGAUAAACCCUAAUUCAAAUUCUUGAUUUUUUUUUAAAAAUUUAGUAACUUUUUUCUCUGCGAUUAGUAAUGGUGAAGAAUAAAGCUCAAUCCAAAAAGCAGCAAAAAAGGGGUGUUGAUUUCAAAAAAAUAAGAAGGAAGAUUGGAAGAAAAUUGCCUCCUGCACAGAAUGCCACCAACACUGAAAUCAAAUCAAAAGCAAUCAUUCUACCUGAGCAAAGUAUAGCUUCGGAGAAGGCUGGUUUAGCUGUGAGCAAGAAAGGUUUAACCUUGAAAGAGCUUCUUCAGCAAACAAGUCAUCACAAUGCGAAAGUUCGUAAAGAUGCAUUAAUCGGAAUUAGAGACGUUCUUCUUAAAUUCCCAUCUGAGUUGAAACUGCAUAAGCUUGCUGUUAUUGAGAAACUGAGGGAACGUAUCAGUGAUGAUGAUAAGUUGGUCCGUGAAGCACUAUAUCAACUUCUCAAAUCAGUUAUUUUUCCUGGCUGUAAAGAGGAUAAUAAGGGGCCAAUUAAUUCCUUGAUGAUGACAUAUAUAUUUAAUGCAAUGACACACAUGGCUAUUGAAGUGCGGUUGAUGGCUUUCAAAUUUUUUGACCUCUUGAUCCAGUAUUUUCCAUCUUGCUUUUUGCUGUAUGCUGAAAAGAUUCUCCAGAACUAUGAGGACAUUCUGCAGAAGAACAAAUUUUACUUGCAAGACAAGGGGAGGCUAAAGAACGCUCUUGCUGGGUUGGUUCGCUGCUUGUCUCUGUUACCGUGUAGUAAUCAAGGAGAAUGCGACUCCUUAAGUUACAAUGAUGCAACCCGGGCUAGCUUGCAUGCUUUUGACCUUGAUCUCUCUGAUAAAUCUACCGAUCUUUCUGGUGUUGUCAACAAAUUGACAGAUCUCUUACCCGUUCUAGUUAGCUGCUUCCAGGACUUUAGUCCAUUAAUCCACUCCAUGGCCCAUGUCGAUGUGCAAUCCUUCGAUUGUAUGUCGUUUUUACUUCAAAGCAUUGAUCUUGUGGUCAGGUUCUUUGUUCAUGCAUCUGGCAAUAAUCAACACGACUUCCAAAAUCUGGCACCUGCUUACAAGAAAAAGAACCUUAGUAUAUCGCACCAAAGUAUAUCAGCAGUGACUUUAAAAAAGUUAUGGGAUGAGUUUCCUUUAAGUUCGAAUCAUUGCUUGUCAGAGAAGGACGGUGACCGAUAUUUCAUGCUGAAUAUUGUAAUUACAGAAAUAUUUUUGCAUCUAAGUUAUGGGUCCAAAUUAUCACCUGGGUUGCUGGAAAGAUUUCUGGAGUUCAUUGAGAGUUCUCUAUCUGAAAAGAUUCACGAUGGCAGAGAGGCUGGUAAAGUACAUCAUGAGAAGCAUUUAAUUUCACUGGUUGCUUUUAUCCCAAAACUCAUUAUGCAAGUGUCUGUUGCUUGGAAGUCACGUAUCCUUCAGGCUUUUACGAGAGUUUUUGAGAAUUGCAGUGCAGAGUCCUCAAUGAAAUUGGCUUGCCUUUCUGUUGUUGAAGAAAUGCUACUUCCUGAGCAGAAUUGCCUUUAUCUGGAUCCCAAAGAUCUUGAAAUAUUAAAUCAUAGUACAUGGAUACGGGAGCUUCCAAAGCUGUUAGUCCUCUUAGGUGAUAAACACCCAUUACAUUCAAAGGCUGUGUUACGUCUUCAGCUUCGUGUUGGACAAACUGCUAAUUUAAACAUGACACCGGCAAAAGAAUAUGAAAAUAUGCAGUACUUUAUAAGAGCUUUUUACUGCACCUACUCCAAUGAAACUGUAAGCUAUGGUCCAUUCAUGAGGCUUCCUAGAGAUAUUCAGGAGCUCUCUGUAUGCUGCCUGUAUUACUUCCCUUUCUUGGACAAGGUGAUACUCCAGUCUUUAGCCUCAUGCUGCAUAUGUCACGAGUUGGAACCAUUUAUCCUUUUCCGAGUCAUGGAAGUUCUACACUCAGCCUACAAGGCUGGCCAUAUCCAGAUUGCAGAUUACAUUAGCUUCUUCAUCACAUUGCUUUCACGCUUUCAAGUUUAUCCUGAGAAAAUUGAUCCUAUGGAGAAGCACGAAGGGAAGUCAAAUCGUGGAACAUUCAACGCAGUUGUUAGGGCUGUUUGUUCUUGGUUGUCGCAGAUAGGGGAUGAUGUGCUCGUUUUGCAGAUGCUGGAGAAAAUUGUUCUUGAUGAGAUAUCUCAGAAACGACCAGUAGACAACAUUUAUGGUUUUAUAAGAUUGCUUAUCACACUAGACUCAAAACCUACUCGACUUUCUGAACAAACUAUCAAUAGACUAAGCGAGGUCCUUCCGGAGUACUUCUUAGAUGUUGUGAAUAACAUUCCAGAGGAAGAUGACGAGACUACUAAAUUUUUGAUUCGACAGACAAGGGAUUAUUACCUCCUUCCGUGUUUUUUCCUAUUUGAUAGGAGCAACAUGCUGUUAAAUCAGAUAUUGGAAGUGAUGGGAUCAUUUAUCAGGGGAAAUGUGCCUCAUCCGAAAGGUGCCUUGGCAAAGGAUCAUUCAAGCAGAAUUCUUUCUGUAGUCUCUGUUCUCUUACUUGUGCUUGGAGAUAUUAAAAUGCAGAAACUUCUUUUAUCAUGCAAGACACCGAUUAGAAAUAUAUUAGAAAGCAUGCACAGACUCGAGUCUUCUGAGGAUAUUACAAUGACAAUUGAAGAAAGACACAAAAUCCGAAGUGCUUAUGACAUACUUAAUGCAGCCGUUAGCACAUUGGAAUACGACUAACCUGGAAUAGUGUAUCUGAGGGAUGUUUGUGCUUUAUGAAGUGAUACAAUUUGCAGUACAAGAUGAAUGAUUCAAUCCCAAUGAUCAUUCAUUGACAUUUUACCAUCUGCAGACUCGAUGUAGUUCGUGGUAAAGAAAGAGGAUCGAGAAUGCAAUCGUCAUCUAAUUAUCUUUGAUGACACCAGUUGAGCGGGUAAGUAGGACUUUUGUUGAGCCUCAUCGAUCACAGUAACAAAAACGUAGAGUUUCUGCUCAACCUCCUCGAUCAGUGCGAUGGUUACAUUCAAUUAUGACCAUUGAAUUGAAAUUGUAAUGGCCUAUGGUUUAAACAUUCAGUUACAACCAUUGAAAUCACAUUAUAAUUAUUGUCUGAGGUAUAUAUAUUCUUAUUGCAUAUUUAAUGUAUCUUUAUAUGAAUUUAGCAGAAUGACAUGGGAAACCUUAUAUUUGACUCUGGUUGUAAGUUGGACUCUUAUACUUACAACUUAGUCAAUGAAACCAUUUAACGAACUGAAACACAAUAUACUAAACUAGUUCCUCA